CGCACCUUAUUGUUGGACCUGAUUAUAUUUCUAUCCUUCUACCAAAAUGGGUCUGGUUAUGAGUCUCGUGGGAAAAGGAUUACCAUCAGCGCAGGUAUUGAAUCUCUUUGUGGGAUCGCUCUACAACGAGUUCCAGAAGAAAAAAAUCAACGACUUCGAUGACUUCCACAUUGCUAUGCUCGAUGUCUUCAACACUCUCAACUCAGCAAUGCCUGGUAAAAACUUUGAUGUACCAUCAACCAAGGAAGUUGAGGACUCUUAUGAAAAAUGGAGAGAGGAACCAGACGCCACAAAGAAGAGGUUAGUGUUCAUUGAGUUUAUGAAGAACAAAGUCAAUCUUAACAAAGGAGAUAACUCCAUGAUGAUCACUGGAAUGGUAACACCUCCAGCAGCAAUGGCAGCUAAAAGGGCUGGAGAGAAUGUAACACAGCUAAAAAUGAUCAAGGCCGUUCCUGAUGUGAUAUUUAUUCCCUCGGCAACAAUGGUUGCUCUCAUUGUUGCUAAGGUGUCCAAAAGGAUGUUCAUGGGGAACAUUCCAUCCUGAAUAUUGAGCCUAAUACGCCUAAGGUGUCUGUGAUUACGGGUAUUUUACUCUUUACGGAUUCUAAUGUAUAAAACAAGAACUUUGAGUUGGAUAUUUGUAUUUCCCAUCUCUUCUAUCUAACAUAUAUACCAAAAACAUCAUUUUUUUUUUUA